CGCGCUCUGGCUGGGACAAUCGAGGCGGAGGUGGCGGCGGCGGAGGUCGUCGUAACGACGGACGUCCUACAGGUGGCAGAGCCUGCUUCAAAUGCAAUCAAGAGGGGCACAUGAGCAGGGAUUGCCCCAACGCAGACUCGGGAGGUGGAGGAGGCCGUGGAAGAGGUUGUUUCAAGUGCGGGGAAGAGGGUCACAUGAGUCGAGAUUGUCCCAAUGCCGACUCGUCUUCUGGUGGUGGCCGCUCUGGUGGGAGAGGCUGUUUCAAGUGUGGCCAGGAGGGCCAUAUGAGCAGAGAUUGCCCCAACUCCGAUUCCUCAGGUGGUGGUGGAGGCGGUGGAAGAGCAUGCUUCAAAUGUGGCGAGGAGGGCCACAUGAGUCGGGAUUGCCCGAAAGCCUCCAGUGAUGACAGAUCCAAGAGGGGAUGCUUCAAAUGUGGCGAGGAGGGCCACAUGAGUCGGGAUUGCCCGACAGCCUCCAGCGAUGACAGACCCAAGAGGGGCUGCUUCAACUGUGGGGAGGACGGACACAUGAGUCGGGACUGCCCGAACCCCCAGCAGGAGCGGCGCUCCAAGGGAUGUUUCAAGUGUGGGGAGGAGGGACACAUGAGUCGAGACUGUCCCAACCCGGAUGCUGGCGGUGGACGAGGGGGCGACUCCUCUGGAGAUGGUGGCGACCGGCCCCGCGGGUGCUUCAAGUGCCAGCAGGAGGGCCACAUGGCCAAGGACUGCACCAACGAGCCCGUACCCCGCAUGGGCCCCGAUGGCAAGCCCAUGGAGGCACCCUACGUGCCACCUUCUCUUCCCACGGAUGAGGACACCCUCUUCUCGACCAUCUCUACCGGCAUCAACUUCGACAAGUACGACACCAUUCCCGUGGAGGUGAGCGACCCGCAGUUCAGAACGCCGUUCACCAGCUUCGAAGAGAUGGGCCUCUGUGACCUCCUGCUGCAAAACUUGCGGCGUGCAAAGUACGUCAAGCCAACGCCCGUACAGAAAUAUGCAGUCAAGAUUGCCCUGGCUGGCAGGGACAUGAUGGCCUGCGCACAGACUGGAUCUGGAAAGACGGCAGCGUUCAUGCUGCCCAUUCUGCACUCCCUGCUGAGUGACACUGGCCUUGAGAACCCGUCGUACCAGCCGGUACAGACUCCGAUGGCGGUCAUCCUGUCGCCAACCCGCGAGUUGGCCAUCCAGAUAGCCCAGGACGCGCACAAGUACGCCUACGACUCCAUCCUCAAGACUGUGCUCGUGUACGGAGGGACGUCUGUGCAGCACCAGCUGGCCCAGCUGUCUCGAGGCUGCCACAUCCUGGUGGCCACCACGGGUCGUCUCAAGGACUUUGUGGAGAAGGGCAAGAUUUCCUUCGAGAAGCUGCGCUUCCUGGUUCUAGACGAGGCCGACCGGAUGUUGGACAUGGGUUUCGAGCCGGACGUGCGCGCUCUCGUGGGCCACUCCAGCAUGCCCCAGCGAGGCCAGCGCCGCACACUCAUGUUCUCUGCCACCUUCCCGGAGUCUAUCCAGAUGCUGGCACGAGAGUUCCUCGACAACUCGGUCAUGCUCUCGGUGGGCAUUCUGGGCGGGGCCAACUCGGACGUCCAGCAGCAGAUCUACCAGGUGACCCAGUUCGAGAAGCGCCAAAAGCUUCUGGACAUUCUCGCCGAGGAGGGCAGCGACCGGGUCAUGGUGUUUGUGGAGAAAAAGAAGACUGCAGACUUUUUGGCCGCCUUCCUGUCCCAGAAGGGGGUGAAGACAACCAGCAUCCACGGGGACCGGUACCAGCGGCAGCGCGAGGAGGCCCUGCUGGAUUUCCGCCGCGGCACCUGCCCGGUCAUUGUGGCCACGGCUGUGGCUGCCCGAGGCUUGGACAUCAAGGACGUGCGCCACGUCAUCAACUACGACCUCCCGCAAUCUAUUGACGAGUAUGUGCACCGCGUGGGACGUACUGGCCGUGUAGGAAACCUGGGCAAAGCAACGAGCUUCUACGACGGUGACGCCAACAGUGCGCUUGCAUCCGCACUUGUGAAGAUCUUGUCAGAGAGUCAACAAGAGGUGCCGGACUGGCUCCAGAACGAAGCGAAGUUUGGUGGCGGAGGUGGCGGAGGCGCUCCGAGCUACGGAGGAGGAGGCGGCGGUGGUGAGUCGUGGGGUGGCGGCGGUGGUGGUGGAUCGGCCUUUGCAUCCCAGCCAGCUGAAGAGGAGGAAUGGAACUGAGCAUUCGACAAGCCUCCAAGGGGGCCAGCCUCCGUGUGUUUGUGUGUGUGUGCGUGUCUUUUUUUUCCGUUUGUUUGUGGACAUGACCCCUGCCCGAGUAGGGCAGGUUUCUUUUGUACAUACUUCACCGCAGUUAGGUGUUGAAAGAGAUUUUACCACUUGUUCAGUUCAAAUAAAAAG